AUGGAGCUGCAGGCAGCAGUUAUGGGAGCACGUUUAGCCCAAAAGGUGAUGAGCACACGCAACCUACGAAUUGACAACGCCACAUAUUGGUCGGACUCCAAGACAGUGUUGAAGUGGCUAACUAUGGACCCCCGCAACUUUCAUCAGUUCGUGAUGCACAGAGUCGCCGAAAUUCUGGAAACAACACUGGUCGAGCAAUGGCGGUGGAUUACUUCAAAGCUGAACUUGGCAGAUGGAGCUACCAAGGUCACCGGGCAAAACCAACAAGAGACGUGGAUAUCGGGCCCGGAGUUCCUGAAGACCGAUGCGAGUAACUGGCCAAUAUCCAAGAAGCAAGAGAGCAUCAUCGAUAGCUCGGAGAUCCGGAAGCAUGUGACGACGCAUACGAAAUCAGUGGUUAUGUUCAACGCGAACUAUUUCUCAAAUUGGCGGCGGUUAUACAGAGCAGUAGCGCUAGUACUCCUGUUUAUCGAUUGGCUGCGAGCGAAAUCUGCCGGACAAGAUAUGCCAGCAACCACGACAAUGGCUCAUGUAAGCAAGGCAAAGAUGCUGCUAUACAAGCUAUACAGGCGAUCUCAAUCCAUCGCCUUCGCAGCAGAACUAAAAACGUUAUCCCCGGAAACGGCGCUCCUCUAG